AUGUAUCUUCAAGACGUUCUAUCAUCACCUCUCCACAACAAGUCGAUAACAGCCAUAAAGAAGGAGUUUGACACCCUCAUGCUCAACAACACAUUCAAUCUUGUCAAACUUCCCCCUGGCCAUAGAGUGGUCAGCACACACUGGGAUGACACCACAUUCAAGGCUCACUUUGUUGCAAGCAGUUUCUCUCAACACAAGGGAGUCAACUACAAGGACACCUACACCCCAGUUCUAUGCCUGGAGAAUCUGCACUUCCUCCUCAUGUAUGCCAUCCUGAUGGGUCUAUAG